CAUAAAUUUAAUUCUCUUUCAAUCUCCAACGUCAAAACUGUCGCAGAGUUCCGGCCAAAUAAGGGCGUUGCAAUGGCGCUCCGCCAGUGGAUCGACGGCGAUGAGACCGCCGCGGAGAUGCUCACUAGAGUCCUCAAAGAGCGAACCUCCUUGCUUGUUCCGCCUCUCCACAGAGUUCCUCUCCACGUCGGCAAUGUGGUCGAACUUGUUGGACCCUCUGGUUCCGCCAAGACGCAGAUCUUAAUCCAGGCUGCAGUUAAUUGCAUUCUUCCCAAGGAGUGGAAUGGGAUCCGCUAUGGAGGCUUGGAGUGUUCAGUGGUGUUCAUUGACUUGGAUUGUCGUCUUGACAUCUCAAGGCUUUCCCAAGUUUUGAAGCUUCGAAUUUUGGAAGGAAAUGGCAACGGAGAUUUGGGAAAUUUUGAUGCACUAUAUACUACAUGCCUGAGAAGAUUCUUUUACAUCCGUUGCUAUGACAGUUUUGAAUUUCUUGCCACUCUCAAGACCAUGCACCAUAAACUUCAAAAAGAAAGAGAUGACCUUGGAAUUCGGUUGCAUCUACUCAUGAUCGACAGUAUUGGAGCUUAUCAUUGGGUUGAUCGUGUCUCUUCAUCCUUGCCUUUGUGGGGUAACAACAGGAAAGGCUUUUCUCUUGCAAAUAUGUUAGAAGCGGCAGUAGAAGAAAUUAAAAAGCUUUUGCUGGUGCAUCCGAGUAUUGUUAUUGCUUCAAAAGCUACCAUUUUUGGGGAUAGAUCUUCUGACAUAGUUAGACGUGAAAAAUCUUUAUCAGAGACGGAAUUAAGACAUGGGAAAACCGAUGGUGGACAAGUUUUGUACCGUGAGUAUAUGCCUUCUGCAUGGCAGUCUUUUGUAACGCACAGAGUUUUUGUUCGAGGCUCAGACGAAUAUCUUACAGUGAGCAGUUGUGAGCAUCAGUCAAUAUAUUUUUCUGAAUGGCUGCUACCAUCCCUGGGUGUCCUCGAUAAAUUUAUUGUCAAAAAUGCUGGCGUCUUUAUGGUACCAUGAACUGCAUUUGUUUGAUAUGCCACUGACCAGUUCUUGGGCGUUCUUAUGAUUCCAGGUCAGCCUUUUGUUUUUAUUUGAAUAACGUUUGGAUGUCCAAGUUUUGUAUUAUUAUCAUUGUAGUUGAAGUUUUUAUUGUUCAACUAUCUAAAAAGCAUCUACUUUAUUAUGAUAGUUAACGUCUAGAAGUGGCGUUUUAAACUAUGGUAUGCUCGUCAACAAAGAUUAAUGUUGAUGUUUUCUACCUCAAAUAUCAUACAAAAAUGUAAAUGAUUUCAGUGAUAUUUUCUUUUGUUGA